AUGGAUCGCAAGGGCCCAGCUACGUCCGUCUGCCGCGCUGAUGGGGCAGAUCCGCGCCUCCUCGGCCGCCAGACUGUGGGUGGCAAGCAGCAGAUGCUGCAAGUGCAGCGCUUAGAGGAGCUUGCAGCCGAAGGACGCAAAGCAGCCAAGAAGAACGAGGUUCGAGAGGGAGCAAGCGGAGUGGGCAUAGGCUGGGCAAAGGUGCUGCGCGAGGCGAAGGUGCGCGCCUCCAAGAGCAAGGGCAGUGAAGUGGUUGGUAACCUGCACGAGGGCGCCCGCGUGCUUGUGGAGGAGGUCUCCUCGAAAGCUGCGCGUAUCCAUCUGCCGUUUGCAGGAUGGAUAACGCUUGCAAAGGCCUCCGGGCCUGUCCUCGAACAAGACAGUUACAACCGUCGAGGGUCCGGUGAGAAAUCAGCCACCCAGUGGGUCAUGGAGCACACCCUGGCCCGCCUCCGUCCAGCUGACGGGCACAUCGGAGAGCGUGUGUCCAUGCCCUCCGAAAUGCCUGUACAUCCGCCAGAGUGCCCAGAGCCUGCAGACCAAGGGGCAAUGGACACCACUUCAAAGUUAUUCGCCCAGCUCCCCUCAGUGGGCACGUGGCUUGCAGCGACGCCGCCCGUGAGUGCAUUGGCAGCAAUUGACGAAGGAUUUCCAAACCCCAGGGCGGCCCCAACAAAUCCCUUGUUUGUGCAAUUGCCUUCCGUGGGCACGUGGCUGGUGGCAUAUGCCUCUAUGGCACAACGCUUGGUGCCCCCAGCCCAGGCUGCAUUUGCUCAGCCGCACUCGGUAGCCCACGCCGAGCCUCCACUGACCCAGUCCGUGCGCCCAGCCUGUGCGUUCACCCAUCUUCCCUCCGUGGCUACGUCCAUGCCCUCCGAAAUGCCUGUACAUCCGCCAGAGUGCCCAGAGCCUGCAGACCAAGGGGCAAUGGACACCACUUCAAAGUUAUUCGCCCAGCUCCCCGCAGUGGGCACGUGGCUUGCAGCAACGCCGCCCGUGAGUGCAUUGGCAGCAAGUGACGAAGGAUUUCCAAACCCCAGGGCGGCCCCAACAAAUCCCUUGUUUGUGCAAUUGCCUUCCGUGGGCACAUGGCUGGUGGCAAAUGCCUCUAUGGCACAACGCUUGGUGCCCCCAGCCCAGGCUGCAUUUGCUCAGCCGCACUCGGUAGCCCACACCGAGCCUCCACUGACCCAGUCCGUGCGCCCAGCCUGUGCGUUCACCCAUCUUCCCUCCGUGGCUACGUGGCUUGCGGCAAAGCCAGCGCAAGUUGCAGCCGAAGUUUCAGACCCAGCAGAGCCCACACGACAGCCUUCUCCAGGUUCCACGCCCACAGGUGACUGGUGGCUUGCUUUCUGCAACUCUCUGCAGCAGACGCUGUGCUGCGGCCGUGGAAAGUAG